AUGAUCUCAAGAGCUUCUAAGAGAUUAUUUAGCUCGUCCAUACCUAGACUCGAUACUCUUGUAUAUCUUGAAUCCAGUGGGGCAAAGAUAAACCCAGCAGCCCUUUCCUCUGUUUCUGCAGCAAUCCAAAUUGGAGAACCAGUUGUUGGUUUAACUACAUCUGAAGAAAUUGAAUCUCAAGCAUCAAAAAUUGAAGGUUUGUCAAAAAUUAUCAGCGUUUCAGGAGACCAAUAUAAGAACAAAUUAGCCGAAGAAUUGGCUCCACUCUUCAAGGAUAUUAUUCAAUCAGAUUCAAAAUUCACCCAUUUCAUUGUUCCUGCAUCUGCUGUAGGAAAAUCUUCAUUACCAAGACUUGGAGCUUUGCUAGAUGUUCAACCCAUUUCUGACAUAGUUAAGGUAGAAUCUAACAAUACAUUCGUGAGACCUAUUUAUGCAGGAAAUGCCUUAGCUACGGUGAAGUCAAAUGACUCAAUUAUCUUAGCGUCUGUUAGAGCUUCUGCGUUCGCACCUGCUGCAGCUGGCGAAAAGCAAUGCGAAGUCGAAAAAUACUCUGGCACCAUUUCCGAUUCCGGAAAUAGGACACAGUUCGUAUCUGAGUCGUUAAUUACAUCAGAGAGGCCAGAAUUAGGCUCAGCUGGUAAAAUUGUUAGUGGAGGACGUGGUUUAAAGAACAAAGAAACAUUUGAGGCUUUAAUUGAACCAUUAGCCACUAAGUUAGGUGCUGCAAUUGGUGCAUCAAGAGCUGCGGUUGAUUCAGGAUUCUGCGACAAUUCUUUACAAGUUGGUCAAACUGGUAAGAUUGUUGCUCCAGAAUUAUACGUUGCUGUUGGUAUUUCAGGUGCCAUUCAACAUUUAGCAGGAAUGAAGGACUCUAAGACCAUUGUUGCUAUAAAUAAGAACCCGGACGAACCAAUAUUCAAUAUUGCUGACGUUGGAUUUGUUGCUGAUCUUAACGAAGUUGUUCCAGAAUUGACAAGUAAACUUUAA